AUGGUGCUUUCAUUCUCAUUCAUCAUGCCUCUCCGCAAAGAUCCGUCAACUGAUGCCACACCACCAACAAUCCAGGAACAACUCUCCACACUUAUUGCUAUUUCCACUGCUAACCUCCACCAUCUUGAUGUAAUUAUCACACAACUGACCACCAUCAACACCCUCAUGAUCAACAUUCAAAUCGAAACCAUGGCCAAAAUCAUGUCGCCUCCACCUCCGCUCCCACCACAGAAUCAACAACGAAGGCCGCCGCGAUCGCGAUUACCAACAACAAUGCUAUCCACACCGCCAUUGCCACCAUCCCAACGGUCGUUGUCGCCAUAG